UGUCGAUCAACUACGACCGAAAAUAAUAGAAGGGAAGAAGAGAAUCAAUAAUGAAACCCGAGCGAGGGAGACUAACCUCAUUUUCUUUCUUUGUAUUAUUAAUAUAGUCAAUGUCUUUUUUUGUAUUGCUUACACACAACAGGACACAAAUUUACUACCAUGAGAGAUAGUCGUAAAAAGGGAUAAAAUGUAAAUGUGAGAAGCUAUAUAAAGGAUGCUAACGGGAGAGAGUAAGAGCAUCAAACACAAAGCAAAACACAUAACACAAUGGGGGCACCAAUGGCCUCUUUCCUUGUCUUAGCAUUCUCCCUUGCUUUUGUCUCUCAAACCACCGCAAAUUACUUCUACUCUUCCCCUCCACCACCGGUUAAGCAUUACUCUCCUCCUCCUGUUUACAAGUCCCCACCACCACCGGUUAAGCACUACUCGCCUCCUCCCGUUUACAAGUCCCCACCACCACCGGUUAAGCACUACUCGCCUCCUCCGGUUUACAAGUCUCCCCCACCACCGGUUAAGUACUACUCCCCUCCUCCGGUUUACAAGUCUCCCCCACCACCGGUUUACAAGUCUCCCCCACCACCGGUUAAGCACUACUCCCCUCCUCCGGUUUACAAGUCUCCCCCACCACCGGUUAAGCACUACUCCCCUCCUCCGGUUUACAAGUCUCCCCCACCACCGGUUAAGCACUACUCCCCUCCUCCGGUUUACAAGUCUCCCCCACCACCGGUUAAGCAUUACUCCCCUCCUCCGUCGUAUACCACUCUCCACCACCACCGGUUCACUACUCACCUCCUCCAGUCGUAUACCACUCUCCACCACCACCGGUUCACUACUCACCUCCUCCAGUUGUAUACCACUCCCCACCACCACCCAAGAAGCACUACGAAUACAAAUCUCCUCCUCCUCCGGUCCAUUACUCUCCCCCUACGGUAUACCAUUCUCCUCCUCCUCCAGUACACCACUACUCACCUCCACACCAACCCUACCUUUACAAAUCACCACCUCCUCCUCACUACUAGAUUACUUAAUCGUCUCUAAUGGAGUCGACGACGAUACACAAGAAAACAAAGAAUCGUUUGGUGAUAUAAUAAAAGACACAAGAUCGUUGACGGGAGAAUUGAAACGGAUACAUAUGUCAAAAGAGAAAGUUUCCCAUUUUAAUGUCUUUUCUUUAUUUAUAAAUACGUUACUGUAAUAAACUUCAAACAUGUUAAUGAGUGUGAUCCCUUCAUGCAUGCAAAUCAGUUAUAUGUUUGUAAGUAGAAGUCCUGUUUUUUGCUUCAAAUCCUUCAAUAUCAAAGUUUGGUUGUUCAAUUAAAUAAAAGUAUGAGUUUCUUUUCAUU